UGAAUCCGUUACCGUGAAUGUCCUGCUCCUUCCCCUUUGUGCGCACACUUCAAAUUCACCGCCACUUCUGCCGCCCUCCAUAAGCUCCAUCGCGCCUCUUUUCCUCUCCGUCUCCGACCUCCGAUCCUCCCUCGCCGAGACAUCCUCCGACGGUGGCAGAAUCGUAAUUUUCCGCGGCACCGUCGACACACCUCGAAAACCUUGAGACCCGGUGUCUUGGUUUCUCGCAAGUCCAGCGAUAACAGCGUCGUUCUUCAAAGAACUCAAACGUGUUUGUCCACUGUUUUCUGCUUCCUAUUUGGCAGAGUUUUUAUCUGAUCUCUGGAGAAAUAUGGCUGCCAAUUUCUGGACAUCAUCUCAUUACAAGCAUCUUCUGGAUCAGGAAGAUGUGGAUGUGGUGAAUACACUCGACAAGGAAAAGGGUAUUACACUGGAGGAUUUUAAGCUUAUUAAGAUGCACAUGGCUAAUUAUAUUUUGAAAUUGGCUCAACAAGUAAAAGUGAGGCAGAGGGUUGUGGCCACAGCAGUUACAUACAUGAGGCGUGUUUACACCAGGAAGAGUAUGGCUGAAUAUGAUCCACGCUUGGUAGCUCCAACAUGCUUGUACCUGGCAUCAAAAGCAGAAGAAAGCACAGUGCAGGCUCGGCUUCUUGUAUUUUACAUUAAAAAAUUAUACAGUGAUGACAAGUAUAGAUAUGAAAUCAAGGACAUACUUGAAAUGGAAAUGAAGAUUUUAGAAGCUCUUAAUUAUUACCUGGUUGUAUACCAUCCAUACCGUUCACUAUCUCCGUUGCUUCAGGAUGCAGGUCUGAAUGAUCUAAACAUGACUCAACUAACUUGGGGGCUUGUAAAUGACACAUACAAGAUGGACCUAAUUCUUGUACAUCCUCCGCAUUUGAUUGCUUUAGCUUGCAUAUACAUUGCUAGUGUGCUCAGGGAGAAAGACACCACUGCUUGGUUUGAAGAACUUCGUGUUGAUAUGAAUGUGGUUAAAAACAUAUCAAUGGAGAUACUUGAUUUUUAUGAAAGCAAUAGAAUGUUCACUGAUGAGAGAAUCAAUGCUGCUCUUCAGAAGCUGAGCCUGAGACCCUAGAACUUACUGUAGAUGACUCAACGCUGAAUAUGUGGAAUGAAGUUAAUGCUAUGGUGAUUUGUCUGAAUGAUUUUUCUGGGUCAAUGACAUGUUUUACGGUAGAACACUAUCUAAAUGUAUCCAAAAGUAAGGGCACGUAAUAUUGGGGGUCAAUUCAAAGUGUCCUAUUAAAGAGCAAAAGGAGGAUGAAAAAAGGUGAUUCUCGGUGAGGACCAGAUAGACUCCCACCUGAUUCAUAGAAUCUUUUGUUUUUAUCUAUUUAUUGUCAUAAAUCAAAGUGUCUACAAUUUUUUUAAAACUUUUUACCGUUAUUUAGUGUGAUGAACAAUUUAUAAUUGUUUUAUCGGUCUUAAUUCCUCUGUAAGGGAUCGAUUUACGCUACUUAACGUGGCGUUAUUAGAUAUUUUCACAUUUUGUUUAUCUUGCAAGCAUAUACUAUUCUUUUACUCCUA